CUGCGGCGCAUUCACCUCGUUAUUCACACAUUUACACAAAUACACGUUUUAAACGGGUUUGUUUAAAAGUAUAUUUACGUUUUGUUUUCUGGCUUUCAGAAAAAUACCGAAACGUUAUUAAAAGGAGCUUCAGUCUGUAUGAACUUUAGGACGUAACGUUUCACGUUUUGAGUAAACCCUGCUGGAUAUUCCUAACAUGACAAACUCUCACUUAAAAGUUUAAAGUUUAUUUCUCGUCUUUGAAUCAAGUGUAAGUCAGGCAGCCCCUGACAGAGCAGACAUGGCCGGCAGCAGGAGUGUGGUCGACAUGGAUCCAGAUGUGGCUCGGAGGCUGUUCGAGGAGGGGGCCUUCCUGGUGCUGCUGGGUGUCCCUCAGGGCACAGAGCUCGGGAUUGACUGUAAGAGCUGGCAGGUCGGUCCCCGCUUCAAGGGUGUGAAGAUGAUCCCCCCUGGAAUCCACUUCCUCCACUACUGCUCUGCCAACCCUCCAAGUUGUGGCGGAGAAAUCGGUCCAAAGACAGGCCUCUUCCUCACUCUCAAACCCAGAGAGAUCCUGUUGGCAAACUGGGACCCCAAGACAGAAGAUCUGGACUUCUCGGCCUCCCAGAACGAAGAGGAGGUGAGCCGGAUCAGGGCGUCGUUGCGAGACCUGGAUCCUUUCCUGGGACCCUACCCGUAUGAGGUGAUGAGAAAAUGGGUGUCGCUCACUGACCGUCUCAGCCAGGAGGUGGCUAGCAGCCUGCAGCCUCUCUCGGGUCGAGUCUGCGCCUUCAGUGACGUCGUCCCCGUGGUUGACUUCAGGCACACCAAAGACAGAGAAGAGCAGCCGAGGAAUGACACAGCCUGCCAGAGCAUGAAAGAGGGCCUUGACAGGCUGCCCAGGAUGAAGCACAGGGAGGGGACGGAGCUGCGCUUCUCCACUAUCCCAGAGAAGAACUACCCUCCUGGGGCGACACCGGCUGAGAUCACCCAGUGCAGCAUGGACCUGAGCUAUGCCCUGGAGACCGUGCUGGAGAAGAACCACAGGCUGCAGCCUCUCAACUUGCUCGGUGAGCUGCAGUUUGCCUUCGUGUGUUUCCUGAUUGGGAACGUGUACGAGGGCUUUGAGCACUGGAAGCGUCUCCUGGUGCUGCUGUGUCGAGCGGAGGAGGCGAUGCGGGAGCGCAAGGAGCUCUACCUGGGGCUCAUCGCCGUGCUCUACCACCAGCUCGGAGAAAUCCCGCCUGACUUCUUCGUCGACAUCGUGUCUCAGGACAACUUCCUCACCUCCACACUGCAGGACUUUUUCCAGUUUGCCAGUGGACCCGGUGUAGACGGCACACUGCGUAAGAGAGCGGAGAAGUUCAAGGCUCACCUGACCAAGAAGUUUCGCUGGGACUUCGAUGCAGACUUGGAUGACUGUGCCCCCGUGGUGGUGGAGCUGCCUGAAGGCGUCACCAUAGACUGAGGCUCUACCGCAGACUCGAUGGACUCCAUGAGCAGGGAGCAGGACUGAAUUAUCCUGACAGUGAAGUCCAGUAUUUAAUGCCAAACCCGAGAGUUCUCAGAAGACAGAAACAAACAACCGGGACAACUGCAAGUGCCACAAUCCUCAGAAUGAUCACACUUUCAUAUCGUCAGUAACACCAGUAGUUCUCUAACACACUAUUAACAUGUUACAAACCUUUUUUAUAUAUGCGGACAACUUGUACUCCGUUGAGAAGACAGAAAACAUGUUAUUAAUUCAUGAGUGUGAAGUUAUGGCGGCGCUGCACUAUAAUUAAAGCCAGUGCUGCCCUCUGGUGGUGGUUUUCUCUAAGCUCAGCUAUAGACUUGCUUCACUUUGUUUGCCUGUUUCAGAGCCCAAGAUGCAACACAUGUAUCACCAAAAUCAGCCCACAAGUAUUUAUGGCCUCACUUUAGUUUGAUAUGUGACUGAUGGCUUUGUUAUAAACUAUACACAAAUCUGUUGUCUACAUCAGUGACAGAACUGCUGCGUAUACCUGCAUAUGUUCAAACACUGUAAAUGUGAUCUUAAUAUCGCCAACCUAAGAAGAAUUAUAAGUAUCUAGGAUGUUUGUAGAUAAAACACAGAAGAGUAGUUUUGUUAUUCUAGAUGCCAUGUGUUACAAAUAAAUAAUAGUGAAUGCUGAUAAAUCCCUUUUGCUGCCACAGAUUAGAAAAUGACAACGUCGCGGUUUGUAUUUGUGAACCAGUCAAACAUAAAGACCACACCUCAGCUAUUUCCUCCAGAUCUGUUUUUAAAGUUUUACUUUCCUGUGAUUUAUUGCAAACAACUCUUUAAUAAAACCAACACUUUUGUUACAAAAAAGAAACAUGG